ACCUUAGCUAAACUGAACUACAGUACACCUGAGGGUGAAAACCUGUAAAUAUAUCGUUUAAUUUCAUCUGAUAUAUCCGCGAAUUGUUCCUGUUCCUGUCCUGGCAUUUGUGUGGACAUAUCCACGGACUGGCUCGCUGUUUCCCCCAACAUCCCAGCCUGUGGCUGUGGGAUACGGAUUUCAGUUUAGGAUGGAUCCAGAAUAUGAACAUCGCCUCCUCCGCCAAAUCAACAUUCAAAAUGACAACCUGAGCCCUGCUAAACUGACGCAGAGUCUGCAUGGUCGGACACCCACUAGCUCCCCAUUAUCCUCACCCAGUAAACUUGGAGACAGAUUCAUUCCAACCAGAGCAGGAGCAAACUGGAAUAUCAACUUCCACAGGAUCAAUGAAAAUGAAAAGUCACCAAGUCAGAACAGAAAGACAAAGGAUGCCACUUCUGAUAAUAUCAAAGCAGACGGGCUGGCCUACUCUGCUUUGUUGAAGAAUGAGCUGCUGGGAGCAGGAAUAGAAAAGAUCCAGGACCCCCAGACAGAAGACAGACGUUUACAGCCAUCAACCCCAGAGAAGAGAAGUCUCUUCACUUAUUCACUUGAUACCAAAAGGUUGUCACCAGACAAUGGCACUAACAUCUCCCCCUACUCUCUAUCACCUGUCAGCAACAAAAGUCAGAAACUGCUGCGUUCACCAAGAAAGCCAACUCGCAAGAUCUCAAAGAUCCCUUUUAAAGUCCUUGAUGCUCCAGAGCUGCAGGAUGAUUUCUACCUCAACUUGGUGGACUGGUCGUCUCUGAACGUGCUCAGUGUUGGGCUGGGUACAUGUGUUUACCUGUGGAGUGCCUGCACCAGCCAGGUAACAAGGUUGUGUGAUUUAUCAGUGGAGGGAGACUCAGUCACAUCAGUUGGGUGGUCCGAAAGGGGUAACCUGGUGGCAGUGGGGACUCACAAAGGUUAUGUUCAGAUCUGGGACGCUGCAGCUGGGAAGAAACUCUUUUCCCUGGAAGGACACACAGCAAGAGUUGGAGCGUUAGCAUGGAAUGCAGACCAGUUGUCGUCAGGAAGCCGUGAUCGUAUGAUUCUUCAAAGAGAUGUGCGGACGCCUCCACUGCAGUCAGAGAGACGGCUGCAGGGACACAGACAGGAAGUGUGUGGCUUAAAGUGGAGCACUGACCAUCAGCUGCUUGCGUCUGGUGGCAACGACAACAAGCUGCUAGUUUGGAACCACUCCUCACUGAGCCCAGUGCAAACAUACAUUGAUCACCUGGCUGCAGUGAAAGCCAUAGCCUGGUCCCCCCACCAGCAUGGCCUGCUGGCCUCGGGGGGCGGCACUGCCGACCGCUGUAUCCGAUUUUGGAACACCCUGACCUCGCAGCCUCUGCAGUGUAUGGACACUGGCUCACAGGUCUGCAACCUGGCCUGGUCCAAACAUGCUAAUGAGCUGGUGAGCACUCAUGGCUAUUCUCAGAACCAGAUCUUGGUGUGGAAAUAUCCAGCUCUCACUCAGGUUGCCAAACUCACAGGACACUCCUACAGAGUGCUCUACCUGGCCAUGUCCCCGGAUGGUGAGGCCAUAGUAACAGGAGCUGGAGAUGAGACCCUACGCUUCUGGAAUGUAUUCAGUAAAACAAGGUCAACAAAGGAAUCUGUAUCAGUUUUAAAUCUAUUCACUAGGAUACGGUAACUGUAAGCAAACAUUAAUACUCUAAAAGUCCAGUUUGAGUGGAUCCUGACACCACCAGGGGAUCACUCAUCAACAUGGUGCUAAGGACAUACAGUACCAGCUAAAGCAUCUUGUGACUUGUUUUCAGAGGAAAUGUCAGUGAGAGCAACUGAGCAAGUUUUUCAUGCUAACAAUUGUUUGGGAAAUUCUUUUUGACAAUUGUGCUCUCAUUAUGAAUGUAGUCUUUUUUUUUUCUUUUUUACUUUUUAAAAAAUGUAUAAGUGGAUUGAAGAAAUCAUAGGCCUUACUUAAAAAUAUUGUGAUACCAUUUUCAUUGUUGUGGAAUUUGCAUUGUGGAGAGAGCACUCUUAGUUUUUGUUUAACUCAGGUCUUAUUUAUUUAAUGCUGCAGUGGCUUCAAUGGGGAACAGUGCCAUUAUAUAUUAUAACUAAAACAUGAAAACUAAACAUAAUCACCUACUAAGGCCUUUGAUGUAUGUGCACCAUGCUUACUGUGAUCUUUAGAGCCCUAAGGUUGAGAGUGGUUGGCUGAAAUAAUGCAGUUUUUCUCCUAUGGACAGAAAGUCUAAUGCUGUGCAUCUAGACACACUGUAUACUACAUGGUUGAUUGUUUGUGGUAAAGGUAAAUUAAUUGAAUUAACUGCGUUUAUAUAGCACUUUUUUUUAGUCUACCGACUAUUCAAAGCGCUUUGCAAUGCAUGCCACAUUCACCCAUUCGCACACACACAAACACACACACACACACACACACACACACACACACACACACACACACACAUUAAGUCAACUCAAACUCACACUUAUAGUGCCAUCGGGAGCAAUUUGGGGUUCAGUAUUUUGCCGAAAGACACUUCAACAUGCGGUCGGAGGAGCCAGGGAUCUAACCACUGAACUUCUGAUUAGUGUACAACCCUCUCUACCUCCUGAGCCAUAGUCACCCCAAAGGAAGAAAUAAAAAAAAUGAUGGAACUGAAGAACUGGUGUCUGACUCAGUGUAUAUUUUCAUUGUGGCAUUAGAAAAUACCAUUACCAUUUAUUUUUGUGAAUUUUUAGUUUAGUUUUUAGUUGCACUUCUGUUGUUGAUUAGAUUUUGUAAUGCUGUAUCCUAAAAUCACAAUUUCAAAGUGUGAUUGAGUUUAUGCAUCUCCUCAGUAUGAAAAAUAUGUUGGUUUGUCAACAUUCAAUGUCAUAUAGUUUAACUGUUUACAGAUUCUGAGGUCAAGUUGCCUUUUUUAUGUGUUCAUGUCAGUGGAACAGUGCAUACAUACAACAUUCUAACAAAACUGAUCAUACCAGGGGUAUAACC